AUGUUAGUCAAUAAAUUAAUUAGAACCGUUUUAUUGUUAAGGAUUACAAAUACUUGGAGUUACAGCAAAAUGGCUUGUACUGGAGAAACAUGUAGUGACCUUACAAGAAAUAUAUCUUAUUUAAGUCAAGAAGACGCUGCAGCUUUAGAUCAGGACUUAUUCAAUGAAUAUAAGUUUAGUGUAGAUCAACUUAUGGAAUUAGCUGGAUUAAGUGUUGCAACAGCAGUAGCCAAAGUCUAUCCAGUGACUUCUUGUAAUACAGCACUAAUUGUUUGUGGACCUGGCAAUAAUGGUGGUGAUGGGUUGGUAGCUGCUCGACACUUGACAUUAUUUGGCUAUUCUGUAGCAGUAUACUAUCCAAAAAGAACUCCUAAACCCUUAUAUGAUAAUUUGUUAAGGCAAUGUGAGAAGUUUGGGGUUAAUAUUAUGGAUAACCUCCCUCCAUCUAAUGAAUUGAAGAAUCAUUACAAAUUGGUUGUAGAUGCAUUAUUUGGAUUUAGUUUUAAACCUCCAGUGAGAGAUGCAUUAAAACCAGCAUUAGAUGCCUUAAUUUACUCUGGAUUACCUGUUUGUAGUGUGGAUAUCCCAAGUGGAUGGGAUGUAGAAACAGGUCCAGAUUCAGAUUCUGCAUUGAAGCCAACAUUAAUAAUUUCCCUAUCUGCGCCAAAGAAAUGUGCAAAGCCAGAAUUUAUCAAAAAUGCUCGACAUUUUUUGGGUGGCAGAUUCCUUCCUCCUGCUAUUUUACAAAAAUAUAACUUGACUCUCCCUCCAUACUCUAAUCAAGAUCAAGUUGUUGAAUUAAGCUAA